GCUGAUGUCACUGUCAGGCGCCGGGCGGCACGGUGGCCAGGCCUUUGGCGGUCUUACCUGGCACGAAAAUGGCUAUGGCCAGCGAUUUCUACCUGCGCUACUACGUAGGGCACAAGGGCAAGUUUGGGCACGAGUUCCUGGAGUUCGAGUUCCGACCCGACGGAAAGCUUAGAUAUGCCAACAACAGCAAUUACAAAAAUGAUGUCAUGAUCAGAAAAGAGGCUUAUGUACACAAGAGUGUGAUGGAGGAACUCAGGAGGAUUAUCGACGACAGUGAAAUCACAAAGGAAGAUGAUGCUCUGUGGCCUCCCCCUGACAGGGUUGGCCGGCAGGAGCUUGAAAUUGUCAUUGGAGAUGAACACAUUUCUUUUACCACAUCAAAAAUUGGUUCUCUUAUUGAUGUAAAUCAGUCAAAGGAUCCUGAAGGCCUGCGAGUGUUUUAUUAUUUGGUACAGGACCUGAAAUGUUUAGUUUUCAGUCUUAUUGGAUUACACUUCAAGAUUAAACCAAUCUAAAUGUAUGUUUUUGAGCUGUUUGUAUAUUUAAUUAAGGGAUGGGUAAGGGUGGGUUUAUUUUUCAUUUACACGUUGGGAUUUUUAUGAAUGUGAAGCAAAUUUUGUUUUGUAUACAGACUGAACUAGGAAAAUACAGAAAAAGGCUUCCUGGUAUCCUCACUGCAGUUCAAGUGGGUUGGCCAGUCCUUCACACACUAAAUUCUGUAAAUAAAAGCUGCUUGUCAUUGAAGUUUUGUUCCAAUAAAAGAUACCAAAGCCUG